AUGUCGUACAUCAAAUUAAUAUAUCUAUUGGGGCUACUUCUUUUUCAUGCCUCAUCUAUCCAAGCUGAAUCUACCACAUUAUAUCAAGCAACGACCGGUGGUAUUGGAUGCCAGUAUGGAGAACAAGCAGCAAGUGAUGAUGGCUUUGGAGUUACAUUUUAUUCAUAUCCAUACGAUGAUACAGAAGCAGGUAACACUAUCGAUGGAAGUGUCAGUACUGCAUUCUUUCAAACAGGAUACUCCAAAUAUGAUCUUAUUGGUGUGACCUCUGGUGUGACCGUUCCGACAAUCAAUUAUUCCGGUAACGAAGCCACGACAGCUACCUCUGAUUUAUAUGGAGUCGGUGUGACUAUGAUGCAUUUCUUCUUGGAGUUAGACGGCUAUUUCUACGCAACUGUCUCUGGUGUGUAUACAUUGAAGCUUGAUAACAUAGACGAUUUUGCAGCUAUAUGGUUUGGUUCUGGACUACCAUGCUGCGGGGAGACAACCGACAGUGAUGAUGAAGCUGCUCCUGAUUUUGCUACUGGAAGAAGUGACGGAACUGAUUCCAAUGGCGGUUCAAAGUAUUCCAUCUAUUUGUCAGCAGGUUCUUAUUAUCCUAUCAAAGUGAGAUAUGUUAAUGUCAGAAAUGCGGCAGACCUCCUUUUCAGUGUUGUCGAACCUUCUGGUAAUGAAAUAACAGACUUUAGUGGAUAUGUAUACCAGUUCGUUACCAUUGACAGCUCAUGCAAAACUGUUACAGCUACGCUACCGUUUGAAACCACUACAAUUACGACUAAUGUUCCAUCCACUACGACUUCGACAGUACCAACAACAGUUACAACAAAUGGCAAAACUAUAACCACCACUAUUGUUAUUGUGGAGGAGCCACAACUCUCUACUACUACUGUGACAACUGACGUAACAUCCGUCACCACCACUACUGCAGCCACUACAUACACGUCUGAUGAUCAGACUAUAACUAGUAGUAUUGUUGUUGUGGAGGAGCCACCACUCUCUACUAUUACUGUGACAACUGACGUAACAUCCGUCACCACCACUACUGCAGCCACUACAUACACGUCUGAUGAUCAGACUAUAACUAGUAGUAUUGUUGUUGUGGAGGAGCCACCACUCUCUACUACUACUGUGACAACUGACGUAACAUCCGUCACCACCACUACUGCAGCCACUACAUACACGUCUGAUGAUCAGACUAUAACUAGUAGUAUUGUUGUUGUGGAGGAGCCACCACUCUCUACUACUACUGUGACAACUGACGUAACAUCCGUCACCACCACUACUGCAGCCACUACAUACACGUCUGAUGAUCAGACUAUAACUAGUAGUAUUGUUGUUGUUGAAGAACCACCACUUUCUACAACUACUGUGACAACUGAUGUCAGUGUUGUCACUACCACUACUGAGGCUACAACUUACACAUCUAAUGGUAAGCAAGUUAUUGAUAACGUUGUGCUUGUGGAGGAGCCACUACUUUCAACUACUACGGCUACUACUGAUGUUAGUUCAGUCACCACCACUACUGCAGCCACUAUAUACACUUCUGAUGAUCAGACUAUAACUAGUAGUGUUGUUGUUGUGGAGGAGCCACCACUCUCUACUACUACAGUGACAACUGACGUGACAUCCGUCACCACCACUACUGCAGCCACUGCAUACACGUCUGAUGAUCAGACUAUAACUAGCAGUAUUGUUAUUGUGGAGGAGUCAUCACUUUCAACUAUCACCGUGACAACUGAUGUUAGUUCAGUCUCCACCACUACUGCAGCUACCACAUACACAUCUGGUGGUAAGCAAGUUAUUGGCAACGUUGUGCUUGUGGAAGAACCACUACUCUCUACUACUACAGUUACUACUGAUAUUAGUUCAGUCACCACUACUACUGCAGCCACUAUAUACACGUUUGAUGAUCAGACUGUAACUAGUAGUAUUGUUGUUGUAGAAGAGCCAUCAAGUACUAAUGAUUAUAGUACUACAACAACACUCUCAACCACAACAGUGACUACUGAUGUGACAUCCGUCACAACUACUACUGCAGUCACCACAUACACGUCUGAUGAUAAUACUAUAACUAGUAGUGUUGUUAUUGUUAAAGAGCCAUCAACAUCUUUCUUGAGUUCCUCUACAUCUGCCUUAUUGUCUUCAAGUUCUGUUGACUCUGAGACAUUCGCAUUCUACGGCAACUCAACAUCAUCCACAGAUGUACCAGUUGACAACGGAGUGAUAUCAACAAUAACUAUUUCAACAGAUGUUGAGUGCUCAUCAACAUUAACUAAAACUACUGUUCUAACACAGAAUGGAAAGACCACUACAGCAAAUAUUGUGCUUGUUGAAGAGCCAAAGAUUUCUGAAGGUGGUACUUUAGAUAAUCCAGCAUCAGCAUCAGCAACCCAAGCGCCAACAACAACAACAACAACAACAACACUGGAAACAAUAACCAGUAGUACAAAAGGAUUCGGUUUUGCAAGUACUUAUGAUAGUUCCAAUGAAUCUGGAUCAGGAUCAUUGUCAAAUAAUGUCGGUAGCACUGCAAGUGCGGCAUUAUUAACAACAGAAGCUGCUGGCUCAGGCAAUUCUCCUUCAACUACAGUCAAUAUUGAAAAUACUACAAAACAAUCAACUGAGAAAUCUGUUACAGUUCCAAAUGAUCAAUAUUUGUCGGUGGCUAGUGAAGAAAAGAAUUCGGAUAUAUAUGCAAACCCUACUUCGACGUCAUCGGAAAUAUCUGCUUUAUCACCUGAGGUAUCGAUUUAUGAAGGUAGAGCAGCAACCACCGAAUAUGGCAUCCAGAUGAUAUUUACAAUUCUUGCAGUUAUGCUAAUGGGAUUGUAA